GAGGAAGGAAAAUCAGGUGCUCGCGCUUCUCUCAUUGCUUUGGUUGUUUUGUUUCAGGGGGGAAAAAAUUGCCCCUUCACCUCAUUGUGCAUUUGUUUUACAAAAUAAAAUUUAAAAAACCUCCACUGACUGCAAGUUAUGGCGAUGGCUACUCCAAAGAGCCAGCCCCGUCCGAGCGGCCGGAGUGCAGCGAGCUCCCCGCUCAGUCCGACCCGCAUCUCCCGGCUGCAGGAGAAAGAGGAGUUGAAGAACCUCAACGACAGGCUCGCCGUAUAUAUCGAAAAGGUACGCUCGCUGGAGUCCGAGAACAGUAUCCUGCAGUUGCAAAUCACCGAGAGGGAAGAAGUGACGAGCCGGGAGCUGACCGGCAUCAAGAACCUGUACGAGAAUGAGCUGGCGGACGCUCGCCAAUCUCUGGACGAGACCGCGAAAGAGAGAGCGCGGCUGCAGAUAGAGCUGGGGAAGCUCCGCGGGGACUAUGACAAUGUGCUGCAAAAUUACACCAAGAAAGAAUCUGAUCUUCGUGGUGCCCAACUUCACAUCAAAGAUCUAGAAACUGCACUUCAUUCCAAGGAGGCUAGCCUUGCCACUGCACUGGGAGGAAAGAAUGCCCUUGAAGAAGAAGUUGAGGAUUUGCAAGCUCAUCUUUCAAAGCUGGAAGUUUCCUUGGCUGCGGUGAAGAAGCAACUUGAGGAAGAGACCCUCUUGAGAGUAGAUCUUGAGAAUCGAUGUCAGAGCCUAACGGAGGAAUUGGAGUUCAGAAAGAAUGUAUAUGAGGAGGAAAUCAAAGAAACCAGAAAGAGACAUGAGACCCGCCUGGUGGAAGUGGAUACAGGUCGUUUGGUUGAAUAUGAGCACAAGCUGGCCAAAGCUCUCCAGGAAUUGAGAGAACAACAUGAUCAGCAAGUGAAAAUCUAUAAAGAAGAACUAGAGAAAAAUUUCCACGAUAAGCUUGAGAAUGCAAGGCUUGCCUCGGAGAUGAACACUAGGUCAGCCAAGGCAGCUGAAGAGGAGCUGAAAGAAAAUGUAAUGAGGAUAGAGAGCCUCAGCACUCAGUUGUUCAACAUGCAAAAAGAUGCUAGAGCUUGGCAAGAAAGAGUUCAGGAGUUAGAAGUUGCUCUGGAAAAAGAGAGAGAUGGAAAUCGCAGGAUGCUGACUGAAAAGGAGAAAGAAAUGGCUGAGAUGAGAGCGCAGAUGCAGCAACAGCUAAAUGAAUAUGAAGAUCUUUUGGAUGUUAAGCUGGCAUUGGAUAUGGAAAUCAAUGCAUACAGGAAACUGUUAGAGGGUGAAGAAGAAAGAUUGAAGUUGUCACCAAGUCCAUCUUCACGUGUGACUGUUUCUCGUGCAACAUCUAGUCGCAGUGUCCGCACAGCUCGUGGAAAGAGAAAGCGUGUUGAUGUUGAGGAAUCUGAGGCCAGUAGUAGCCUCAGUAUCUCUCAUCUUGCUUCUGCCACAGGGAAUGUUGCCAUUGAGGAAGUGGAUGUAGAUGGUAAAUUUAUCCGACUAAAGAAUAAUUCAGAACAGGAUCAACCUAUGGGUGGCUGGGAGUUGACAAGAAAGAUUGGUGAUGCAUCUGUCUCUUACAAAUUUACUCCAAAGUAUAUGUUGAAAGCUGGGCAGACUACAACUAUCUGGGCUGCUGAUGCUGGUGUGAUAUCAGCUCCUCCUGCCAACCUCCUCUGGAAGAACCAGAAUGCUUGGGGCACUGGAGCAGAUGUGAAAGUGGUCCUCAAGAAUUCUCAGGGAGAGGAGGUGGCUGAUAGAAGUACCAUCUUCACAACCACUGUACCAGAAGAGGAGGAGGAGGAGGAAGUUGAGAUUAGAGAUGAAGAUCUCUUCCAUCAGCAGGGAGAUCCAAGAGCAGCUGACAGAAGCUGUGCAGUAAUGUGAUCAUCCUGCAAGAUAACAUCUUCAAAAACUCAUUGCUGCCUAUGUUGAACUUAAUAUCUAGAAAUUCAAACUAUUUUUGUAUUUCAGUAAUUUGUAUUUUAGAUAUUUUGUGAAUUUCUUUUUGUACACAUGACAUCAGUUCAGGGCUUUUUUUAUACUAUUGUUUUUUUGAACAUUACAAGGUCUAGAGCUUAAAGUGUAAAUCUGAAACCAAUGUGAAUCAUAGGUUUUUUUUUUGAACCUAUGAAAGAUGCCCUUUUCUGAAGAUUACAGAUAAAACCAGUGAAAAAUAAUUUUGUGUAGUUGAGAAACUACAGUUAUUUGGGGGCAGCUUACAUUUAUGAUUGAAUUUGAGUUAAUAUGUGCAGCAGGGAAAUGGGGGUGUUAAAACAUUUUGGUAGCAACAUUUUUUGUAAAUUUAUAAAUAGAACAGCACUGAGCUUGCUCUUUUUAACGAUUUUUUAAUUGUUUAUACCCAGUUGGUAAAAAUAUACUACAGAAAAUGGGGAUGAAGUAAGUUUUCUGUUUUAUGGCUUUUGACCCCUUAUUUAGAUAGUGUUUGGGGCCUGGUAUGACACAAUGCAAAUGUUUUAAUAAGUUUUAAUGUAGCAGUGGUCCACUGGGGUUUUCUUGUCAAAUGUGAAUAAAAUAAACAUUGUGUAAUAAA